AUGAGGUUCAGCGUGCUGUCUAUUGGCCUCUUGGCCCUCCUGUCGCCCUUGACCGCGGCCUGGAGCAAGGAAGAUCGGGAGAUCUUCCGCAUCCGUGAUGAGAUCAAGGCGCACGAGCCCAAUGCAGACGCGACCUUCUACGACCUCCUCGGCGUCAAGAACGGCGCCUCCAUCGACGACAUCACCAAGGCCUACCGCAAGAUCUCCCGCUCCCUCCACCCUGACAAGGUCCGCCAGCAGCUCAUCGCCGAGCGUGCCAAGGCCAAGAAGGACAAGAAGAAGAAGCCCGGUGUCAAUGUCUCCAAGCCCCCUACCCAGAAGGAGAUCAAGGCCGCUGUCAAGAUCGCCUCCGACCGCCAGGCCCGUCUCGGUCUCGUGCGCAACAUCCUGAGCGGCCCUGACCGCGACCGCUACGACCACUUCCUCCGCAACGGCUUCCCCGCCUGGAAGGGCACCAACUACUACUACAACCGCUACCGCCCCGGUCUUGGCACCGUUCUCUUCGGAGUCUUCCUCGUCGCCGGCGGUGCCUUCCACUACAUUGCUCUGUACAUGUCAUGGAAGCGCCAGAGAGACUUUGUGGAGCGCUACAUCAAGUUUGCGCGCAAUGCUGCUUGGGGUGACAACCUGAACAUUCCCGGUAUCGACGAUGCUCCCGCCCCUGCGCCCGCCCCGGCUGCUGCCGAAGACGACGAGGACGCGCCCCCCAUCCCGAGGAACCGCAAGGAGCGCCGCAUGCAAGAGCAGGCCGCUCGCAAAGGCGCCGCUAAGGAGGGCAGGGGCCGUGGCCGCAAGCCCGCCGGCAGCGGCACCGCGACUCCCCGCGAAGCCGCCGUCGCCCAGUCCUCCGGCCCGACUGGAGCCAAGAAGCGUGUUGUUGCUGAGAACGGCAAGAUCCUCGUUGUCGACUCCGUCGGCGACGUCUACCUCGAGGAGGAGAACGAGGACGGCGAGGUGGAGCAGUUCCUGCUUGAUCCCAACGAGCUUCCUCAGCCCACCAUCCACGACACCGCGCUCGUCCGCCUCCCCGUCUGGGCCUACAACCGCACCGUGGGCCGCGCUCUCAACAAGGAGACCGAGGAGGUCGCACUCGAGACUGAGGAGUUCGACUCGGACGACGGCAACGCCCAGCACACUCCCAGCUCCGACUCAACCGCUGACGACUUUGAACUUCUGGAAAAGUCGACCGACUCCCUUGGUAAGGCCAAGGCUAGCGGCGCGCAGACCGGUAAGGCCAACAAGCGCAAGAACAAGAAGAGGUGA